AUGUUCGCUCCGUGGAGUAAUAGCUUCCUCUCCGACGUUUGGGGUGAACGCCGUGUAUGGAAGUACUUCAAAAUUGGUUUCAUCGCGGGUACCUGGCAGCUAUUUUGGCUCGGUAUAAUCCCAGCGUUCACUCCUUACUGGCCUCUACCGUGGAUGCCUAUCAUUGGUUGUCUUACACUAUUAGCGAUAGUUGGGAUUAUCUACCAGAACCUUCCGAAGGAUAAGCGCUCACUGGGGUCUAGGAAGAGAAUCGCGAUGGUAUUGGUAUCGAUCGGAAGCUGUGUUGCUGUCUUCGGCAUCAGCUAUCCUCUACUCUACUAUACUGCUCUGCAACUUGAUGGAUUUUUAAAGUUCUGGAUUUUCCUCUCAUUCUACUUAUUCCGUAUAGUCUUCGAGAAAGUUGCCAAAUACUACGCAAGACUGUACUGCGUCGAUUGCUAUCCUAUGAUCGUGCUAUUCGCGAUGUAUGCUUAUGAGUUCUUCAUAUCCUCCGUCAUUAGCGCUGUCAGUGAGAUCUGGCUGGCCAUGUUGAUGAUUGCAUUAGAUCUGACGGAGAACCUCUACUAUCUUUACUGUAGUUAUCAGGCUAUAAACCAGGUUUCGCUGAAUGAAGUGGUCGAUAUAUGUCUACCCACCACAGGUGACCCCGCUGGGUCACUGAGAUUAGGUGGCACUGCAGAGAAAUCGAAUGAUUCUGAUCCGAAGUCUUCGACACUCGUGAUCCCGAAGCGUCCUUCUGAUAGCUCCACCGGCGCCAAGACGGCUGAUGAGAACAGCGACGGUCAGUUUCUGAAACUGGGCGUAUAUUCGUGUCAGCUGAGUGAUCAUUCCGAACAUACCGGCAUCUGUGCCGAUGUCGUAGAAAGACCUCCCAGUAUUUCUGGUCAUCUGCGUUUGCCUGAGCAGGACGGCGUAGACGUUCCCGAACAUGAUUGUCCUAUGAGAGAUCGUGAUCGAGCGCAAUACACGGCAGCCGAUCAUCUUGCUACUGGUGAAUGUGGUGCGGUAGUUGAUCGUGACUUGGAGAGGAUCAUGUCGCCUCCUCGUGCAAGACCAUCAAGCCUCCUUGUUCCUCAAGGGUUAGUGGUUGCGGACCCGGGAAGAAGGUCGAUUCCUUCUCAUAGAAAUAGCGUGUCGUCUGAUGCUGCUGAUAUCAUUGACGGCCAAGCGAGAGGAAGGCGAGGCUCCAAUGUGUCCUCCCGUCGGAGCAGUGUUUUCGAAAUACUUGGGGACAUGCUGACCGGCGUGAACAUGGAAACAAUGGCUGACAUGAAGGAUGGUGCCUCGGGGUGUACUCUUUCAAUCAUGACUGUCGCUAUCUGCAAAGAAGUUGUUGAGAUCUUGGCUCCCAUACAAUACCUGAUUUGUUCGCUUCUACUGCGUUACUCCAAUCCCAAGCUCCACGACACAUUCUGGAAUAUGACAGACGAAGAGUUCAUGCGUGGCAUUCGAAGAUUAUUGAUCGACAUCGUGGCCGAGGGGUCUCUUUUUGUACUGCUCAUCAUAGUUAUGAAACGAUGGUUGAAUGAAUCAGUCGUAUUUAUUGCUCUACGGCUCAGCUAUCAGUUUUUCUGGCCAUUUCUCGCCAUGCAAAUCUGCCUCAUGACACACUAUAUAGACCUUCAAUACUCCAACGCUGGUAUGACGUUCUCCUUCGACUUCAAGUGGAUAGGCGAGAAGAACGCCACAUGGCACGGUGGUAAUUGCUAUACGAUGGGCAACGAAACUGUCGGAAUGGUCUGCCAAGAUGUCAUGCGCUGA